CUUUGGUUCUGUGUUCCCCUCCAGCCAUGGAGGGGUUUGCCCACCAGGAUUCCUGGCGACAACGCGUUUGCUCCGGCCGGCGGGUCAUCUUCAUCCUGAUGGGACUUCUGGCUCUGGUUACCCUCUCCCUUGUCGUCUUGGGCUUCGUGGGGCGCAAAUACUCCGCAACUUUGUGGAUGAUGCAAGAAGAUGUGAAAACCAGCAAUCACACCCUGGCCAUGGAAUUAGAGGCUUUGGAAAAAAAGGACACCAAGCAUUUCCAAAUGAUCAAUUUGGUCGACCGCGCCGUAAAACACCUCACUGAAGAAGUCACGGACGUGAAGUCCCAUUUCCUGGACCAGAUCAAGAAACUUCAAGGGAGUUUCCAGAAACUGAACUGUGAUUUGGAAGACAUAAAACACAAGCGGACAGGGCCGGGGAGCGCAUGCUGCCCCAAAGGCUGGCACGCCUUCGCGCAGAGCUGCUACUGGCUCUCCUCCCAGGAGAGGCCCUGGACCGAAGCCAAAGAGGACUGCGAAGAGAAGAAUGCCCACCUGGUGAUCAUCACCAGCUACUUAGAAUCGCAAUUUGUGUUACGGGUCACCAAACCCCAUGACGCUUGGAUUGGCCUGAAGUACAACGGGCAGGUGUGGAAGUGGGUGGACGAGACCCCCUACACGGUGCGAAGGAUGUGA